AUGACAAGAGACAUCUUGAAAAAAAUUCUCAUGUUGUCCACCACAACCAAUCUCUCACCAAACAUUGAACGCUGGAGUGAAAGCGAUGUGGCUCACUUCCUUCUCUCCAAUCACUUUCCAGAAGAACAGAUUGUCUGUGAACUUUGGUCCAAAAACGUCAAUGGCGUUCAAUUGUUGAAAGCUUGCUCCUCUCAAUUGCGUGACUUUGACCUUGACAAAAAUUAUGCAUUGUUAAUUUGUGAUUUGAUCAAAAAUUAUCAGAAGAAUCAUCAUCAAAUAAGAAAGACAGCAACAAUGUCGUCCGCACUCACUCAUGAUGAUGUCUUGUUGGAAAAAAUUAAUAAUUAUGAGCUGAGCGCUGAACAAUUUUUAAAGAUGAAAUACUUCAGCACGAAUGAUGAAGAGUUGUCGUCAUUAUCUAUUGAGAGUUCUCCAUUUGGAAAUCUCAAUAUAUGUCACUUGUCUAACAAUCGAUUGGGAACCAUAUAUACAGCUUUCAAUGGGAAUAGAAAAAGUGGCACUCAAAUUGCAUGCCCUGUUGAACGAAACCAAUCAAAAAUAUUUUGUGAAACAAAUGUCAACUCUACAAGAAGAAUAAUUUGUAUUGAAAUGGAGUUAUUGCAAGGAAAUUUAUUCUCUCAAUUAUUGUCACCGGAGACAAAUGUGGACAUUAGUGAAAAUUUGAUUCUUCAAAUUGGAUAUCAAGUGUGUUCAGCAUUGAGCUACUUGGAUGCAGUAGACAUGGUACACAUUAAUCUUAAACCUGAGAAUAUUCUGGUGAGAAAUUUUGAUGCACAGACGCAAACCAUUAACGUUACUCUCUCAGAUGUGGUUUGUAGUUUUGUAUCAGGCACUGGUCACUCAUACAUUCCACCAGAAUACGCUGCGAAUGAGCAGAAUAGUGAAUAUACAAAUCGUGGAAAUAUUUUCAUUCUUGGAGUAAUUUUAUGUCAACUCAUUCUUCAUGACAAGGUAUUCAAUGUCACAUCUACUACCACAAAUUUCAUUCGAAAUAGAUACGGUACCAAGUAUUCAGAAACGUUGCUCACUUUAAUUGAUUUUAUGUUACUUUUAGAUCCAAACGAUCGUCUCUCUGUGAAUGAAACCUUAGAAAGGUUUUCAAAGUUGACCAAUCAAAGAGUGAAUCAGCCACAACCACUUAAACCUGUGGUUCGAUAUUUGGAAGGUAGUAACAAUACUUCAUUUGUUGCAACCGAUGAAGAGGUUGUAUUGCAACAUUUAUUGUUGAAAUAUGAUAAUUUACAACCAAUUUUCACAACACGUACUGGACAGCUAUUGAGCGUAGAAGAUAAAAGAAAUAGUUACUCGAGAAAGUCUAUUCUAUUACUUGCUAUUAAUGACCAUGCGGUGCUUAAUCCAGUAUUUUUACAAGCAAGGAGAAUUAAGAACAAGUAUAGACAUCCAAAUCUUUCCAAAAUAUAUUCUGUUUUUAAGCCUGGAGUAUUGUUGACGUUAUGUAUUGAAAUGGAAGAAGUGAAGGGCACUUUGAUUUACUUAUACACGUUGGACACACAAUGUGGAGUUGUUGACAUCAAUUUGUCCACAAUUUUUGUGAAACAAAUAGAGGGACAAAAGAUUAAAGUUGCCUUGUGUGAUUUUGGAUUGGCCACAGUUUUGAACGACACAGCUAUUGAAACGGAGCAGUACAAAGCUCCAGAGGUUUUGAAUCACAAGCUGUUUUCAUCUGCAAGCGAUGUCUUUGCCCUUGGGGUGACGUUAUAUCAAUUAAUGUCCCUCGAUACCGACACAAGAAUGGGAAUGAAAUCCAUAGAAACAAGCAAUAUGAAAGAAUUUAUUCUCAAAAACACCUCACCGUUCGGCUAUAGCAAUGAUUUUGUGCAACUAGUGGCUUCAAUGCUUUGCUUCGAUUCUAAACAAAGAAUUUCAGUGGAGAGUAUCAGGAAACAACUCAAAGAGGAUGCUAUGGAUACCAGAUUCAACUCCAUGUCAUAUCAAUUUGUCACAAAAUAUACCACAGCAAGUUCCGUACGACAAGUUUCAUUUGGAUGGAUAGAUGCGGAUGUUCACAUUCAGUUAAGCAAACGCUAUUCAAACGUUGAGCAACUUGGCGAGGGAGGCCAAGGUAUGGUUUACAAAGUGUUCGAUCACAGGUCCAAGAAAAACAUUGCACUAAAGGUUUCCAAGACAUCUGACUUGAAUUCUGCUAUUGAUGAAGUGAUGACUAUGGCAAAACUGACACAUCCACAUAUUGUUCCUACGUAUUAUGCCUUUCCAGUUGGAGUUGACACCAUUUGCAUUGAGAUGGAAUUAUUGAAAGGGAGUUUGAAACAGGAGUUCAUAGAACGGAAAAUCGUGGUACCUGAGAAAAUAUUAACCCAAAUUAUUGAACAGGCAUGUUUGGCUCUCAAAUAUUUGCAUGAGGAUAGAAAAGUGUUGCAUAGAGAUGUUAAACCCAUGAAUAUUCUUGUGAAAGAAUAUGAAGCUGAGAAACAAGAAAUUAUUAUCGCGUUAGCUGACUUUGGACUAGUUAAAUCCAUCAAUAAUCUUACCAAUAACACAGACAAAGUAGGAACUGCAGAAUUUAUGGCUCCCGAAUUGCUGGCCAACGAACAAGACAAGUUUUCUUCUGCAAUAGAUGUUUUCGCUUUGGGUGCAACAUUGUACCAGUUGAUGACCUUGGACGAACGCACAACUCUAGGUGUGCUCAUGCAGGAACUAAAUAAGGAAGAAAAUCCAGCAAUGUCAUUCGUGAGACUAUUGGCACAAAAAUCAGAAAGACGUUAUUCAGCAGGGUUAAUGAAAUUAGUUUCCGAGAUGCUACGUCUAAGGGCAAGCCAAAGAAUAUCAGUUCAAAACAUUCUUACAAAAAUCCAUGAUCCGAAAAAAAACUAA